GAUUUUAAAGCUCAGUGAACUUGGAACACAAACAUGAUGAGGAGACCCUGUCAUAGGAAUGGCCAGUAAUAAAGUAGGUCACUUUGUUGGGAGCCUCACUUGUUAUCUGCUGCACAGGCAGCAGGACUGCAGCUCCCUUUUAAGCAUAUGUAAUGCAAAAAGCUGCUACCUGCCAUCAUUCAAGGUGCAUCUCCUAAAGCUAAUCAGCAGAAGAGACAAGGUUAGCAUUGGCUUCCAACCAAUCUUUGUAACAGAGACCAUUGAGAGCUCUUGUGAAAACUUCUUUCUAGCUAAACAUGUUUUAAGAACUUACAUAAUGGGGUGUAUAUUUGAAAAUAACUUUGGCUGAUGCCUUCGGACCCCUCCUGCCUUUGAGAAGAGAUAUUUUUCAAACUCGAGUCAGCCCACUAUAAAAGCACAAGAGAGAAUAAGUUGUGAAGAAGGUUCCAGGAACCUGUCAUGACCGAAGAAUCUGGAUGAUCUUUUCCCAGCUGAUGAAGUCUUCUCCCGCCCACUUUGCUUCCCAGCAAUGCUUUGGUGUCAAUAUCACCAUUCAGGCUUGCACUGAAAGUUAAAGCUGUAGUUAAGUAUUGACUCCAUUUGCUGCAAGUUGGAGGAGCCCAUGACAGCGUCCGGAGUUCAGCGCAGUUCAUGCUUUUGAUCAAUCAGCACUGAGCACGAGCCUACAUUAAAUGCGUCCCAACUUGGUCAGCAAAGCCUGCUGUUGGUUGGCCGCUGCAUUAUUACGCCAUUCGAAGGGGGACCAUUGACCGUAAGGUCAUUCACCCCUUCAUACCAAGAUAGUUCAGCAGCAACCAACGAAAGCCAUGGCCACGUCUUCCCUCGUCACCAUCUUCUCAUUCCUCUUCCUCGUUUCUUCCAACCUUGCUGCGGAUCCUGACAUGCUGCAGGAUAUCUGCGUGGCGGAUCUCAACGCUGGCGUGAGGGUGAAUGGCUUUGCGUGCAAGCCGGCAGCGAACGUGACGGAGGCGGACUUCUUCUUCCAGGGGCUGGCGAAGCCGGGCGCGGCCACCAACACCACCAUGGGCUCCCUGGUCACCGCCGCCAACGUGGAGAAGAUCCCCGGACUCAACACCCUGGGCGUGUCCAUGUCCCGCGUCGACUACGCCCCCGGCGGGCUGAACCCGCCACACACCCACCCCCGCGCCACCGAGAUCGUCUUCGUGCUCGAGGGCACCCUCGACGUGGGCUUCAUCACCACCGCCAACAAGCUGAUCGCCAAGACCAUCACCAAGGGCGACGUCUUCGUUUUCCCUCGCGGACUCGUCCACUUCCAGAAGAACAACGCCGACGUCCCCGCCGCCGCCCUCGCCGCCUUCAACAGCCAGCUCCCAGGCACACAGUCCCUGGCCGCUACCCUCUUCGCCGCCACCCCUUCGGUGCCCGAUCACGUCCUCACCAAGGCCUUCCAGAUCGGGACCAAGGAAGUCGAGAAGAUCAAGAGCCGCCUCCAGCCCAAGAAGUGAGAGUUCUCAUUUCUUGGACUCGGCCACUAUGAUUCAUGGUUUGUAUGAAGUUGCUACUUCUAAUUCUUAUUGAGAUUUGAGAGAGUGUAAUAAAGACUGCAACUAUAGCUCCCAAUCAAAGCCUAAUAAUUCAAUGCCCUUUCCUA